CCACACACAGCCUGAUCAUUGCUGCCAAAUUUGUUUAUCAACAUCGCUACGCGGUGAAUACCUGCCCUUUUCCUAUUCAUCAUCACACCUUAGCCAAAACAUAUACACACACAAACACAUAACAGCGCAGCCCUUAACACUAGCUCACGCACCCUCCGCUCUGUCCCUUCUCCCCCACCUCUGACAUCUCUCACAGACCCGACACAAAGAGCCUCACUGUCAGGCACUUGUGGCCAGUGGUACCUGGCCGUAAAAGUCAAAAAGUCUCCUUAGCCUUGACCUGGAAUGACGGCGUCGGUGGGUUCUACCUUAUGCCCCAUGCUAUGAUGCUCCAUGUCCAUUCCCUGCCCAGAUCCACCCACUUUCACUCUCCUCUCGGCCAAAUUCACUGCUAACUGCCUGCAUCCACUCUUAGCCCAUUAAUCAACACUGCAUUGUUAAUUGACAGCAUUCUCCAUUCUACGCACUACACGACACGAGACCACCAACAACAAGAAUCCGCAGACCCAACACUAAAAGUCGCCAUGGAGAGCCUCCAGCUGGCGCAGAUGCUUGCCGACCUGAGCAGCCUCAACGCAGCCGUUUGUUUCCCUCGUUCCCUACUCUCUACUAUUGUCGAUUCUCGUCCCGGUCGCAUUCUCUGACUCGCCCAUGUAACUCCCUCUGCGAUGCGAUGCGCUGGGCGCUUCGGCGGCUGCAGGGGCUCAUGGGAAGGAAGCAGAUCCGCAAUAAACUUUUCCUCAACUCGCCCAUUUGUCCUGCCUACAGAAGUGCUGAUGACCUCAUUCCGACACAGGAACCCAACGCGGCAGCCGCUCUCGUCACCGCAAACAAGGCCAUCCAGACGGUUGAGAAGACCAGCGCCAACCCCGCCGCCCCCGGACUGCCCAGGCGGCCCACCGAUGAACUCCGCCGCGUUCACACGCACAGUUCCCAGACCUCGCGGACAGGUACAGGCACCGCUUCGCCCGCCCGCGUCGACAAGUUCGGCCGUCGCAUCAUGAUGAGCCCGCCCGCCUUGUCGCGCUCCAACUCGGCCCAGGGCUCCAUCCCAGGCACGCCCAAGAGGGACUCAGAUGUACGAAGCACUACCACCACCACCUUGCAGCAGCACCAACAACAACCACUACUUGGAACGGGACAGAGAGCUUACAUGACGGGUGAUGAACAGGCCGAAGAUGAUAUGGACCGCGCAUCGACCCUGAUGGCACUAUACGAGAUCCGCGCGAAGCUCAAGCAGCAGGACAACAGCAGCCUCAUGAAGGCCCGAGAGAAGAUUGCCGACCUCGCGGCGCGGCAGCAGCAGACGACAGCGACGUCUGGCAAGAAGGAGCCCGAGAAGAUUACCUCCCGGUUCACGUUCCCCAAAUAAGCGAGGGUUUUCUUUUCAAGUACACGCAUACCUUUUUCAACAUAAGCGGCGGUACGGCGUUUGGGGAGUGUGGACUCGGUUUGGUUUCAUUUUCGACAAAGUCCGGCAUGAGGGAUACUAAAAGUCACGACGAAUCGGUGUUUACGGGUCACGAGCGGCUCUCAGUUGGACGCUGAGCAUGUCCAUUUUUGCGAUUUUUGUUUUGAGACCUGCAGCGGUCACUUGGGAUUUUGCCAUCAGGCCACGACGCAUGUUUGUUCCUCAUCCUUCAUCUGGCUAUUGAAGGACUGGGGUAAAGGUCAGGGAUCACAUGGGGAAAAUGUGAGGGCCAGGGCCGAGUCCGGAGGCAAAUCCGGGGUUCCGUUUAUUCGUCAACCGGUUGUGUUUCACAGCGCCUGCUGGAAUCAUGCCCUCACUCGGUGAACAGCGCUUGGGGUCCGUAUGUCCGUAGAGAGACUACACUUUUUUGAUGUCAAGAGCGUACCUCGAAUCCCAACAAAUCUUUCCUGAAGUUUUGAGAGUGAAGAUAUCUAAAGACAUAUGCCAUUUGACAAGACUCACUCUCGAGAUUAGGUGAAAGAAACAGGCAGUUGAUCGCCAAGGCCGGGUUUGUGUUGCCGGAGUGUCGCGGAAACUUUCAGGUGACGGAGCGGAGGAAGGGUUUGAGACCGUCCCAAGUGCGCGGCAACCUGGCCGACAUACCGAGAAAGAGUUGUGCCUAGAAGUUUUGGAAACAGUCUUGGCGAUGAGUAGCGGGUUGCAGUUGAUCGAGCCCGAGUCGAGUUGCUGUGCUAGAAAUUGGGACCACGGGCAUUCUGUAUUGAGCUGUUGGUCCGCGGGAUGGACCCUUGGUUCUUUGCAGGCUGGUCUGUCUUUUUUGGAGAGAUUACAGUGUAUUUGUUGCCUUAUUCCAAGGGAAAGUUUCAAGAGAAGGGAAGCUGCUCAUCAUCUGGGACAAGUAUACGAGGAUUUGUCGAAGAAGCUGGAGAGAAG